AAAUUACCUCCGGCGCCGUCAACUGGGGUUUAAUUCUUCUCGUCGGAGUCAAAAUGGAGAACCCAGAAAACAAGGCGAAAUCUGAAAACAAGGGGAAGUCUGAAAAGAAAGGGAAAUCUGAAAACAAGGGGAAAUCUGAAAACAAGCCAAGCACUCAGUCUCAAAAGCAUGCUGCAGCCGGUGAUGAGGACAUGGAUCCAACGAUUGCUAAAGAGUAAGAGGUGGGAUAAUGAAUAAACGCGCGUCUUCUGCAAAGCUGCUUUUCUAUGAUUUACAUGGUGGAGGUGCCAAAGUUCAAGUUAUGGCAAGUGCGAGGGAUUCUGAAUUGAAUGAAGACGCGUUUAUUAAAUUUCAUUCUGGUGUGAAGCGUGGAGAUAUUGUCGGAAUUACUGGGUGUCCAGGAAAGAGUAAACAGGGAGAGCUGAGUAUUUUUCCCAAAUCAUUCGAAGUGAUGUCUCAUUGUCUUCAUAUGAUGCCACGGCAGAAAGGCGCCCAGACGGAUACAACUAAGAAAAUUGAAGCAUGGGUCCCGGGAAGUGGCCGAAAUCCAGAUACAUAUGUUUUGAAAGAUCAGGAAACACGAUAUAGACAGCGUUAUUUGGAUUUGAUGCUGAACUUAGAGAUUCGGUACAUAUUUAAGACCCGAGCAAAGAUCAUAUCUUAUAUUCGAAGCUUUCUUGAUAAUCGUGACUUCUUAGAGGGCAAGACCCCCAUGAUGAACAUGAUUGCUGGUGGAGCAGCCGCACGCCCAUUUGUGACCCACCACGAUGAUUUGAAUAUGCGGCUUUUCAUGCGUAUUGCUCCUGAACUAUAUCUUAAAGAGCUGGUUGUUGGUGGAUUGGAUCGUGUCUAUGAGAUUGGGAAACAAUUCAGAAAUGAGGGAAUUGACUUGACACACAAUCCUGAAUUCACCACUUGCGAGUUCUAUAUGGCAUAUGCGGAUUACAAUGACUUGAUGGAUCUAACUGAAAAAAUACUAAGUGGGAUGGUGAAGGAACUUACAGGUGGCUAUAUAAUCAAGUAUCAUGCAAAGGGGCUGGAGAAUGACCCCAUUGAGAUUGACUUCACUCCUCCCUUCAGACGGAUUGAUAUGGUAGAGGAAUUGGAGAAGGUUGCAAACUUGAAUAUACCCAAGGAUCUCUCAAGUGUUGAAGCUAACAAAUAUCUCAUAGACGCUUGUGCAAAGCUUGAGAUCAAAUGUCCUCCUCCUCAAACAACAGCUAGAUUACUUGAUAAACUUGUAGGGCACUUUCUGGAGGAGACAUGUGUUAACCCUACUUUUAUCAUCAACCAUCCAGAGAUAAUGAGUCCUUUGACAAAGUGGCAUAGAUCGAAACCAGGCCUGACAGAACGUUUUGAAUUGUUUAUUAACAAGCAUGAACUUUGCAAUGCAUACGCUGAAUUGAAUGACCCUGUUGUCCAACGCCAGCGUUUUGCUGAUCAACUCAAGGACCGACAAUCAGGUGACGAUGAAGCUAUGGCACUGGAUGAGAACUUUUGUACAGCUCUUGAAUAUGGAUUACCUCCUACUGGUGGUUGGGGAUUGGGUAUUGACCGACUUGCAAUGUUGUUAACAGAUUCACAAAACAUCAAGGAAGUUCUACUCUUUCCAGCCAUGAAACCACAGGAUGAGCCACCUUCCUAGGAAAGCAAUAAAAAGCCUCGGGAGGAAUCUGCCAAGCCUCAUGAUGGACAAGCAAAACCUCAGGAUGGACCUACAACACAAGAUGUGGAAAAGCAGGUGUCACAGCUCACAAUGAAGAUCAUAAAUAUUUGACGUUGAGUUUCUGCUGCUCCUGGAGUAGCUUCUUUUUGCACUAUCUUUUUGACGUUUUGAUUUAUGAUAAUUGUCAAUUGUAUGGCAAAUGCUAGCCUUAAUUUGUUAGUAUUGGAAACUUUGGUCAUACACACAACACGCACACAAGACUCAGAAAGUAGCUUCUGUUCUUAAUUCUGUUAAUGUUUUUUAAGUUUAUAAACAUAGCGAUAUGGAUAAAACAUCAAAGGCGGUAGAAAGGGUUUGUAAUAGGUAAUAAGUUACCAAGAAAAAAAAAUUCAAAACUCAUCCAGGUCUAUUGAUGUGGUCGCUAUUCGUAAUUUCUUUUGGCUCUCGGUUUGGAGUCUUCUAUUAGUGCUCUAACUCAUAGGUUUGGUCAUGAAUUUCUUUUAUAGGUUGUUAAUUCUUCCAUUAAAGACCAAAUCCAAGUUAACUUG